GACCAAAGAGAGCGAGGCAGGCCGCCCUUCUGUCCAUCCCUGACCGGGCGUCCUGCACUCCAGCAGCCAAGAGCUCUCCCUCCGUGAACCCUCCUCCACCUCCACCUCCACCACGAAUCCCCUAUGAGAACUUUCACUUCUGCUUCCUCAAUGACCAGGACCCAGAGGGAGAGUCCCCACCUCCCGGAUCCACCCACAGCUUCCCCAGGGGGCCAGACGCAGACACCCCUCCCCUGCUCUCCCCCUGAGGUGUCUGGGACAAGAGCUGCCCCACCAGCCCCAAGCCCAGCCAGCAGCACCCUGCCCCACUAAGAAAGACAGAGAAGCCACCGAGGGACCGGCUGGGCGAGGCAGGCACAAAGGGGAAGAGGGUCCCACAGUCUGGGGGAGAAGCUCCUGUGUGCCUCAGUCCCCAGGGCUCAACAUCCGCCCUCGGCUUCCCCAUCUGCACAGCACCGAGCAGCGGCUGGCCGCCCAGCUGGGGAAUGCACCUGCUUCGUCUGGCACCUCGCUAGGCCAUGAUGCUGCUGCCUUUGCUGCUGUCCCUGAUAUCAGACGGGUCUCGGGCUCAGGACUGGCUGUACAAGGUGCAGGUGCCGAGCCACGUGAAGGUGCAGGAGGGCCUGUGUGUCUUCUUGCCCUGCUCCAUCGAGUACCCCAAGGACGGCUGGACGGACACCACCCCGGCCUAUGGCUACUGGUUCACGAAACACACUGACACGCUCAAGGGCACUCCAGUGGCCACAAACCAUCCAGACCGAGAGGUGCAGGAAUCUGCCCGGGGCCGGUUCCUGCUCGUGGGUGACCCCAGCAAGAACAACUGCUCCCUGUUGCUCAGAGAUGCCCGGAUGGAAGACAUGGGCUUGUAUGUCUUCCGGCUGGAGAGGGGAGACAAAGUGAAAUAUAAUUUCAAGCAAUGGCCCUGGCUGGAGGUGACAGCCCUGACUCAGAAGCCGGACAUCUUCAUCCCCGAGGAGCUGGAGCCCGGGCGGCCAGUGAAAGCCUUCUGCGUGUUUAACCUGACCUCUGAGCUGUGUCCAGCCCCUACUUUCUCCUGGAUGGGGGCUGCCGUGACCACCCAGGGGACCCAGCUGUGGAGCACCCACUACUCAGUGCUCAGCUUCAGCCCCAGGCUCCAGGACCAGGACACCGAACUCACAUGCCGAGUGGACUUCCCUCUAUCGGCCAGGAGCACCCACGAGAGCGUCCGCCUCCGCCUGGCAGCCCUGGAGCCCCAGGAAGGCACCACUCAGCUGGAAACCCAGCGAGGCCAGUACCUACGGCUUGUCUGCACUGCCGCUAGCCAGCGCCCCGCCUCGCUGGCCUGGCGCCUGUGGGACAGAGAGCUGACUAGGUCUGAACCCUCGAGCCCCACGUCCCUGGCACUGGAACUGCCGGUGCUGAAGCCUGGGGAUUCAGGGCGCUACACCUGCCGGGCUGAGAACAGAUGGGGUUCGAGUCAACGUAGCCUGGACCUGGCUGUGAACUACCCUCCAGAAAACCUGACUGCAACGCUUGCCCAAGGAAACAGCACAGUCAUGGAUAACCUCCGGAACGGCUCGGUCCUCCCCGUCCUGCAGGGACGGCCCCUGCGCCUGGCCUGUGCAGCCCACAGCAGUCCCCCAGCCGUGCUGAGCUGGACCUGGGGCACGCAGGCCCAGAGCAUCCCGCCACCCUCAGAGCCGGGGGUCUUGGAGCUGCCGCAGGUGCAGCCAGAGCACGAAGGAGAAUUCAGCUGCCUGGCUUGGAACAAGCUGGGUGCCCAGCGCCUCUCUCUGUACCUAGCUGUGCACUACCCCCCGUGGCUGCCGGGCCCCUCCUGCUCCUGGGAGGCCCAGGGUCUGCACUGCAAAUGCUCCUCCCAGGCCCAGCCAGCCCCGUCCCUGCGCUGGCGGCUCGAGGAGCAGCUGCUGGAGGGGAACAGCAGCGGGAACAGCAGUGCUACCUCCUUCAUGGUCACCUCCAGCUCUGCAGGGCGCUGGGCCAACAGCUCCCUGAGCCUCCGCGGGGAGCUCGGCCCUGGCCUCAGGCUCAGCUGCGAGGUCUGGAAUGUCCACGGGGGCCGGAGCGCGCAGGUCCUGCUGCUGCGGCUGCCAGAUGAAGGGGGCUUCGCACCCACCGUGUUCUCCAAAGGAGUGUGCCUGGGAGUCGGCGUCACCACCCUCCUCUUCCUCUGCCUCAUCCUGAUCAUCGUGAAGACGCUCAGGAGAAAACCGACCCUGGCGGAGGGUUCGAGGGCGAAGGUGACGCGGCGCAGCACCUUCCUGGAGUACAUCAACGUGGUCCCCAAGGCUCGGAAUCACAAGGGCAGACCCAGCAGCCCUCCCCAGGACCCGGCUCCAGGUACGGCUGCCCUCUCCCAGGAACACAAGAAGAACCCAAAGGGCCUGCACGCUGUAUCUGAGAGCUGCCAGGAGGAACUACACUACGCCGCACUCAACUUCCCUGGCUUCAGGCCCCGGGACACCUCGAAGUCUGAAGAUGCCUAUGUGGAUUAUGCAGAAGUCAAGUUCCACUGAGGAGCUCAUGGGCUUUAGAACGGGGACUCCAAUAAAGGGGGUGCAAAGGCCCAGUGUCUCUCUUGCACUCUCUCUCAGUCCCCCCGAGAACACGUCACCCCAUUCAUACCCAGGCAAGCACCUGGAACAUCUUAGCAAAUCUCUCAUCCACCAACUGGCCAGAAGCCACGUCGGUCCUAACUUUAUCUUCCUGCCAUCACUCUUUAAGCAACAGAGUGUGGUGACGACUUACAGAGGACGGCACGGUGUCAGGGGCAGUGUUUGCAUUGUAUUCGGCAUGGUAACCCCAAGAUGGCCCCAGGUGCCGGGGAUGCUGCGUGAGUGAGCCACGAAUGCCUGCCACUUUCUGUCAGCACCUCACAGCUGGUCCCUAGGUGGGUAAAGAGAUGUCCUGCUUUCACUCACAAGGACAGAUGGUAUUAUCAAGAUCCAGAUCUUAGGAUCGGUAAGUCGCAAUUCCAACUCCUGGCGCUUUCUCGGCUUGUAGCAGGUGCAAAGGAUGUACGAGGUGUGGAGAGCAGGGAGGGCAGGCUGCAAAGCACGGAGCUGCUGUGUGCUGUGCCUCCUCUGCUCUCCUGGGCUCCUCUUGCUCCUUCACCAGAGGGGCCUUCGUCCGGCCACUGUGGCAGAUUGCACAACAGGUCAGUGGCUGGCCCCGCUUCCUUCUGAUUGGGCUAAGGAACUGACCCUAGCUGCCAGGAAACAAGUCUUGUGGUGUGAGGUCACCCAGCACAACCUCCCUGUCCCCUAGAAGGGCUGACGGCGACACAGCCAAUGGCUGGGAUCCAGCCCAAGGCCUUGGAACAGACAGCACUGUAGCACCCCCGGGUUCACUUGGAGCCAGAAGGCGUUGGAUGAGCCACGUGCAAAAAUCAGGAACUCUCCAGAAGCCUUGUGAGGACUGAGAGAUACGCUGGUCCUGCCCUGCCCUGUGUUGCCAAAUCCAGCCACGGUAGCAAGCUUUAGAGGUCUGCGUGACCCUUGGGAACUGCCAGGCGGGGUCGCCAGGACGGCCCGUUUGGCCAGGGGUAACUGAAAAUCACCCGUCGGGGUGGCGAGUCCUGCGGUAGUGACUCAGGAGUCGGAGGGAAAGAGGAAGGAUGCUGGGACACUGGGACCCAGCACCCAGGAAAAGCAGUGCCAAGCAGAGCGGGAACUCUGUACACACCAGCGUGCCUGCAGGCUGCUCACUCCAGGAAGUGCAAAUGCUAAACGGUGCGGGUCUCCUAGUCCACUCUUCUCUGCCACACACUUUUCUUUCCCUCGUCCCUUAACACUGUCCCUCAGACAUCCUGCCGCUCUCUGGCCGGCCCUGAGGAUUAAUCUGCCUUUCAAUAAAAUAUUUUUUA